AUGCUCGUCCCGCUCCUCGCCGCGGCCGCCGCGCUGCUGCUGGCAGUCCUCUACCGCAGGCUGCACUACAUGCGCUUCCAGCAGUACGCGCACUUCCCGCAGCAUGCCCCAUCACUACUGCUCGGCCACCUCGGCGUCGUCGACGCCUUCAUACGCAAGGAACCGCCGCGGGGGCACGCCGACGUGGCCUUCACAGCCAUGCACGAGGCGCUCGGCCGGCCAGCCGUCUUGCUCGUCGACCUGCGGCCCGUGUCGUCGUGCAUGGUGAUCGUGUGCAGCCACGAGGUGGCCGAGCAGGUGUUGCGGCCGACGGACCGCUGGCCGCACACGCCGCCGAGAGGCCCCGAGUUCUGGGAGAGCAUGAAACCGCUCACCGGGCCGACGUCGAUCCUCGCCGCGCACGGCGAGCAGUGGCGCGCGCUGCGCAAGCGCUUCAACCCGGGCUUCGCGCCGCAGCACCUGGUGACGCUCCUCCCGGCCAUCCUCGACAAGGUGUCACUCUGCCUCGGCCAGCUCGACACGCACGCGCGCGCUGGGGAAGACUUCUCCCUGCAGCACAUGGCUACCAACCUCACCUUGGACAUCACCGGCCGCGUCGUGCUCGACUUCGACAUGGACGCGCAGACGGCAGCCCCGACGCCCUUCAUGCGCGACUUCCGCGCCCUCGUCGAGACGUACACCAGCGACCACCUCGACAUACCGUGGUGGUGCACGCCGCGCACGCAGCUGCGCCGCCGCCAGCUGUCCAAGCGCAUCUGGACGACUCUCCGCGCCAUGGUCCGCGCCCGCCACGCCGACGCCCAUGGCCUGCGCGACAUCAAAACACUAACCCCCGAGCUGGUCGACGCCAUGUACGAGCUGGCGCGCACGCCGCGGGCGCUGGCGGCGGUGCGCGCCGAGCUGGACGAGCUGUUCGGGGCUGACGCGACCCCCGCAGCGGUGCGCGAUCGGCUGCUGGCACCCGGCGGCGACGAGCUCGUGCACCGCAUAGCCUACACUUUCGCGGUACUCAAGGAGACGCUGUGGCUGUGGCCGCCGGAGUCGACGAUGCGCAUGACGCGGCCGGGCGACGGGUGGGCGGUGCGCGAUCCGGGCACGGGCGAGAUGCUCAACCUUGAUGGCCUGCUCGUGUACCAGCUUGUGCCCAUCAUCUAG